UUUGUUACUCAAAAAGCCAAUUAAACGCUGCUUAGCUAUUUCUAGCUUUCUCUCAUGGCUACACUUUCAGAUGCAUACAAAGUCAUUCCCAUGACCCUAAAACACAUCAUUCCACCCGAUUUCGAAUCCCUAAAACGGGUUCCAGAUUCACAUGUAUGGCCUCAAACAGAUGUCGACUUACCUCUCCAAGACGACGACGAAAAACCCGAAAGAUCGAUACCUGUUAUUGAUCUCAUGGCUCCAAAUGCGGUGGAACUCAUUGGCCAUGCUUGUGAGGAUUGGGGAGCUUUUCAGCUUACUAAUCAUGGGAUUUCAACAAACCUAAUUGAUGAAGUUGAAUCUCAAGCUAGGAGACUCUUUGUUCUUCCAACUAUUGAGAAAUUGAAGGUGUUGAGAUCCACUGAUGGAAUGACUGGCUAUGGUGCUUCUAGGAUGGCACAGUCUUUUCCAAAGCUUUUGUGGCAUGAAGGGUUUACUAUUAUGGGUUCUCCUCUUCAUCAUGCUCAACAGCUUUGGCCUCAUGAUCACCAAGUUUUUUGUGAUUUGAUGGAAAACUAUCAAAAGAAGAUGAAAGAAUUGGCGCACCAACUCUUGCUCGUAAUGUUAAAAUGGCUACAAGUCUCGGAAGAAGACCUAAAAUGGACAUUUUCAAUGGCUCAAGGAUCAUUACAACUCAACUCAUAUCCAGCCUGUCCGAACCCAAAAAGCACAAUUGGAUUAGCCCCUCAUACAGAUACAAUGCUAGUAACCAUUCUUCAUCAAUCGGAUCCGGGUUUGCAGAUUUUCAACGGGAAAUCCCGGUCGUGGGUCACGGUUUUGCCGGUGGCCGGAGCUCUGGUGGUCAACCUCGGAAACCUUUUGCAAAUAUUCAGUAAUGGGAAGUUCCAAAGUGCAAUGCAUCGGGCACUUGUGAACCAAUAUCGGCAUAGGAUAUCAAUGGCUUAUUUUUAUGUGCCACCGGCUGAUUCAAUGGUCGGACCGUUUGCUAGGUUUGAGCGUCCGGUUUAUCGUACUUUGGUACUGAAAGAGUAUUUGCAGAUUAGACAUGAACAUCGUGAGGAUUCACUUUCGGUUAUAAGAAUUGAUGAUGAAGAUUGAGUGCUUGUUUGGACAUCAACUUAUAUUUUAUUUUGCCACUUAAAAGUA